CAACCUUGUCGGUUGUCUGAACUCAAGGGCAUAUCUUUAAACCCGUAGUGUGCUUGGUGUACUUACUUUAGCAACUGUCCUCAGUAUUUAUUACUGUCAUGGGAAAUAGGUUACGAUCAUAUACCUCACUUGGAUUUAUAUUAUGUAUUGUUAAAGUGAUUUUGAUAACGCUAUUACAUAUCACAUAUUCAGUUUCUUUGGAGGAAUAUGACGAAAUGGCGUAUGCUGUCCCCACAGAAAGCAUCGAUAUUGAUUUGUUUAUGAAAUCACAUUCAUCAUAUAAUAAGUACACCACUUCCCAAAAGAAUUUGAAUGCAACUGUUUUAGCAUAUGUAACGCCUUGGAAUAAACUAGGAUACGAAGUAGCAAAAAUAUUCGGUGCUAAAUUCAACCUUAUUGCUCCUGUGUGGUUUGAAGUCCAAGGUGAAAAAAAGGCAUAUACAGUUACUGGGAUCCCUGAAAUUAACACUGAAUGGCUUAGUGAAAUUCGCACUGUGAAUCCUGAUGUAAAGAUAGUACCUCGAUUUUCCUUCGGUCCAUGGGAAGACCGAGAUUAUGCUUCAACUUUAAAAGAUGUUCCUAAAACAGAUAAAUGUAUUCGAAAUGUGAUCAAUAUUUUAAAGAAAUAUAAUUUUGAUGGUGCAGUCAUAGAAAUAUGGGCACAGUUCUCUGGUGUAGAAUUACAAUCACUAAUAGAUUUUAUAGUACGACUUUCUGAUAAUUUACAUUCAAGUGGCAAGCUUUUUGUACUCGUUAUUCCACCUCCUGUUUACUAUGAAGGCAUAGAAGGAAGAUUUAAAGAAGAAAAUUUUAAAAUAUUGGCCGAUUAUGUUGAUUAUUUUAGCUUAAUGACUUACGACUAUUCUUCACCUCAUAGACCUGGGCCUAAUAGUCCUUUGAGUUGGGUAGAAGAAUGCAUUAAUCGUUUGGUUCCAAAGAAUUCUUUAGACCAGGCAAAAUUGCGUAAACAAAUUUUGGUGGGUUUAAACUUUUAUGGAAUUGAUUACUUGCCUAAAAAAUUAAUCGGUGAACCUAUUAAAGGCAAUGAGUAAGUGUUACAUUUUCCUCUGAAGAAUUUCCUUUUCGCUUCAUUUUGUUGAAAAUGUUUAUUGAUUUUAUUGCUAUCCAGGAAUGUUUCUCAUAUCAUAUUCAUCAAAGGGACCGUGUUUCAUUGUUCUAAGCUCUUUACUUCUAACUAUUUAAUCUAAAAAUUUGAUCCUCAACCUACUCACUCUGACUCAAUAAAUUGAACUAACCAACCCUUACAUAUUAUGAGUAGUUUAAAGUUUAGUGCGUCGACUGCGAAUUUAUUUUGAAGAAAGUGUAAAUAAGGAUUUAAGCAGAAUAACAUGAAUUUAUUUUAUUUAUCUAAGUUGUCAUCAGCUACUACAACCUAGAAUGUUUUAAAAUCAAAAUUAUACAUAGUAGUUAACGUACUUGGAGAAGUGAGCUGUGAAUGUUUCAUUUCUCUCGGUGUGUUUUAAUAUUGCCUAGUAUUCUUUGGACAGAAUUAUUAACUUCAGUGUUGGUAAAGUUCACGUACUGAUUAGUUAUAUCACCUAUAUCAUUUUUUGUCCGAUUAUGUAAAGUUAGAUCAAUAAUGUUCGAGUCAAAAUCAGGGAAACUCAUUCUUACAAUUCUUCAGUGUCUUUGCAAAGAUAAUUAUCAAUGAAAUACCUCGGGUAACUUCAAUAUCACUAACUUCUAAAGCAAUUUUUGUUCAUUUCACAAAUUGAUACUGUAUUUUCUUUAUUCUGUUGUUUAGUGUUAUUGAAAUAGUUGAGAAGUAUCAACCGAAUUUUAAAUGGGAUAAAAAAUGGGCUGAACAUAGCUUCUCUUACAAGGAUAAAAAAUCGCAAGAUCACUUGGCUUUCUAUCCUACCUUGAUGUCGAUAGCACAACGUCUACAAGCUAUACUAUCCAGAGGUACGGGUGUUUCUAUCUGGGAGAUAGGACAAGGACUAAAUAGUUUUUAUUCACUGUUCUAAUGUAAAAUUUUACAUACCGUCAUGGCAUGUUUGUGCACUUUUUUAUCUUUUGGAAAUAUAUUUUCAUACAUCGAA